AUGUCCUUCUCCACCCUCGUCAACGACCUGACCUACCGCGACCGCCGCCCCGGUCUUCAAACCCACCCCAACGGCAGCUCCACCACCCAGCACCCUCACCCCCUCUCCCGCACUGAAACCGACACCCGAUCGACCUACUCUCGCGCGAAGUCCUACGCCUCCACCGCCGCCACCUCCGUCUCCAUCGCGGGGGACAUCUCCUCCCAGCUACACGGCGGCUACUCCCAUCCUCUCGCGCGCGCAUGGCAAGCGGAACGACAAUUGACGAAGAGUAUGCUCAUAUACCCGUUGUUUAUCACGGAUAAUCCAGAUGAGGAUACGAGUAUUCCCAGUUUGCCGAAUCAGCGGCGGAUGGGGUUGAAUCGGUUGGUUCCGUUCUUGACGCCGCUCGUGGCGAAGGGCCUGAAGAGUGUGAUUCUGUUCGGAGUGCCAUUGGAUCCAUCGAUCAAAGAUACCCUCGGCACAGCAGCCGACGACCCUCAAGGUCCCGUCAUCAGCGCAAUUCGGGUGUUGAGAAAAGCCUUCCCCCAAAUGUUCAUCGUCUGCGACGUCUGUCUCUGCGAAUACACCUCCCACGGCCACUGCGGCAUCCUCCACGAAGACGGAACCCUCAACAACUCCCUCUCCGUCGACCGCGUGUCUGACGUCGCCAUGGCGUACGCCGAAGCUGGCGCCCACUGCGUCGCACCCUCCGACAUGAACGACGGGCGCAUCCGCGCUAUCAAACUCAAACUCAUCGAAGCUGGAAUCGCUCACCGCAUCGUGCUAAUGUCCUACUCCGCCAAAUUCUCUGGGUGCCUCUACGGCCCUUUCCGCGACGCCGCCGGCUCAAUCCCCUCUUUCGGUGACCGGAGAUGCUAUCAACUCCCACCUGGAGGUCGCGGGUUGGCAAGAAGGGCGAUUCAGCGGGACAUUGCGGAGGGAGCGGAUAUCAUCAUGGUCAAGCCGGCGACGCAGUAUCUCGAUAUCAUAUCUGAUGCGAAGGAGAUUGGCAAGGAUUUACCGGUGGCGGCGUAUCAUGUCAGUGGGGAGUAUGCGAUGAUUCACGCGGGAGCGAAGGCGGGGGUGUUCGAUUUGAAGACGAUGGCGUUUGAGGCGACAGAGGGGAUUUUGAGGGCUGGGGCGACGAUUGUGGUUAGUUAUUUUACGCCGGAGUUUUUGGAGUGGUUGGAUACGUGA